AUGACUCGACUGCUUCCGCCGGCCAAAGCGGACACUCCAGAGUUGACCAGCCGAUUGGAGCUGAUAGCCAAGCUCAGGGUGCCCGCGGAAUGGGUGCUACUGGCUAGGGCGCAUCGAGCUAAGUACGAGCACUUGCCGGCGAUCGAAGCGGAGCACUUGCUAGGCGCGCGUCAGUACAACGCGGCCCACCGCGUCUUGUUGGAGGAGCUGCAGACGCAAGCCGUGCUUGGAGACGACCUGAAGAGCAUAGCACCUCUCCUAGAACAACUCAACGAAGCGGCACAGAAACAACUCGUGAGCGGCUGGGAGUGUGGCGGGCAAGCGCUGUAUCACUACCUACACGUGGUGGGCGAAAUCCGCGGAUUAGUAUCGGGCGGUCCCACGCGCGGUGCGGUGCCCGCGCGACUAGAAGCGUUAAGACCGCGGGUCGCCGCCGCUUGUCGUUCGCUGAGACAGCUACAGCCUACAACCCCGAGACACUGCGCAGCGCGAGCAGAAAUGGGUGCAAGACUAGUUCAACUGGCGUUAGCGGCCGGAGAGCCUCCGCACCAUUUGGCUGCCUUACUGAAAGCCUUAAGACUGCCUGCGGACUGUACAGCACAUGCACAUUAUAAGGAAGAAAGAGACAAAUGA